AUGAAGGAAAACGAAGAAAUCCAGUCGUUUGAAAAAUGGGCUUAUUGGGGCAAAGGAAGGGAAGAGGUUGACCAAGGUGAAGAGGAAGCCAGAUGUUUUUCAAUCAUCGUCGUUCAGCUCAUCACAUGUGUAGAGCGUGUUGUGAAUACGGUGAGCAGGUCUCAAAUUUAUUUUAGAACAAAGAGCAGACCAGAAAUGGCUGACGGCAUUUAUGAGAACGAAUCUUGGGUUUCUGUGAGAGCAUGA